CGGAGUUCGUCGUCUUUGCUGUUGGUUGUUCUUUUUUGCUAUUCUAUUGCUUUUCGUGUUUCGUUUUUUCGCUUACUCAUUGUGCCGUAUGUGUCACGGCACUGAGCUUGGUCAGUUCACGCGUUUUCGAUUGCACACCACAGAGCACAAUGUCCGUUACGGAGCUGGAAAACGAAAGCCUCCUCAUACAGAUCCGUGCACAGCUUAGCGAGCGCAAAAUAAAGCUGUGGGAAGCACCGUACCUGACGGAGGAGCGUACGGCCAACGAACCCGAGUUGCGGCGAUUGGCCGAAACGCUUGGACCGGAAGCCGGUAUUCCCAGCGAUCGGUGUGAGAUCGCGCUACGGUCGCUGCAGCAAACCGCACUGGAAAAACUGCGGGCAAAAGAUGAGUUCCAGAAGACGGGAUUGGCCACGGUGAAGGUGCGAGCCCCGACCCAGGCCGGAGCGAACCGAUCGUUCGAUCUGAAGCUUAAGGUGACCGACCUGGGCAGCACCCUUUGCGAGCUGGUUGGGCAACGACUUUCGGUGGAUGCGCAAAAAAUUAAGCUGGUUUGCGGUGGCAAGGUUGUAAACGGUAUACACACGCUUGAGGAACAGAAACUGACGAACGGAGCGAUCGUUAUGGCGCUGGUGAUGGCGCACAGUGAGGCGGAAGCGAAGCGCGAGUGCUCGACCUACGAUCGGGUGCAAAAGAUCCGGGCCGAUGCCGAGCUGCUGAUUAACGAGAACGACAGUGCGAAGAUGAUGAGCCUUGAGGAUCAGUCAGGAAAUGCAAUUUUUCUACCAAAGAGCGAAAAGAAGGCCCUCCUGAUGGCGCUGACGCUGUACGCGAAGGGCAAGGCCGCGCUGCUUGCAGAAAAUUACGAGGAAGCGCUACUGCUGCUGCUGGAAGCGGACCAAGACUUCCGCUCGUGCAACUCACAGCUACUUAACGGGGUGGAUAAUUAUGCACUCCUCAAUCUCGACGUUGUGUGGUGUUAUCUCUGUCUGAAGAACCUCAACCAACUGCCGGAUGCGGCCGAAAGGCUGCAGCUGUGCGAGCAAAAGUUUCGCCAGAGCUAUGGUGAAAACAUGAAGCGCGUGACCGCGAUCAAGGGUGAGCAGUCGAGCGAGAAAACGCUGCUCGUGCGGCUCCACCUGCUGAAGGCCAUUCUGUACUACCACCAGAACCGGCGGGACGAUGCGCGUACGAUGUUUCGCGUGGUCGAGACGGAACUUCAGUCUCUGCGCAUCGAUGACGCGUGCCUUAGCCGCCUGAUGGAGUGCGGGUACACGAUGCAGGAGGCACGGCUGGCGCUGCGUGCCUGCUCGAACAACAUCGAGGCCGCAAUCGAGUUCAUCUACACGCAACGCCAACGGCACGAAGCGAACGAACGUCGCUCGCGACGCGAGCUGCGAUUGUACGAAAAAAUCGGCCAUAAUGUGGCCGAUGCGGCACAAUACUGGCGUUUGAAGCUCGAAAACGUCGAUCAGCUAAUGGAGAUGGGGUACGCCGAGGAUAUGGCCGCAAUUGCGCUGAAAGAAAGUGACAACGACAUCAACGGAGCGCUGAACGAAUUGCAAAACAAUCGAGACGCUCUGCAGGCAAAGCUUACGCGUUGCACCGUGCCGGACACCAAGCUGCUUCAGAUGCUGGUGGGACUUGGCUUCCCCGAGGAAGCGGCCCGUGUUGCGCUCAAAACGACCGCCAACGUGUAUGAUCGGGCGGCAGAGUUUUUGAUCUCCAACGUUGCGAACGGCGGAGUUUACAGUGAGCUGCUGACUCGAGCGAUCGAAGCGGACGCAGAGGCCGCGUCACCCACCGGUAGCGAACCGGUAGCAUCUUCCAGCACGCGACGAUCUGCGCCCCGAGAGACGGUCCCGGCGACGCCGGUCUCUCAGUGUUCGGAGGAGAAACGCCAGAAAAAGGAAAUGUUGGACCUUCUUUUUAAGAGCUUUACGAAGGACAUCGAAACGUCGCCGGACGUGUAUCUGGAUCUGUCGCUCGCCGAGGAAGCGAACCUGCUGGAGCAGUACAAAAAGCUGCUCGCUAUGGAUUGAUCCACAGUGUGGUCCGGCAAACGUAGGCCAGUGUUGGCUACUACCAAAAGAUUGCGAAGUGAAGCCGGGAUGGCUUACGUUACUCUAAUAGGAAGCCACCGGGAAA